AUGGCGGGCGAGGCCGGCGUUCCAGGAUACCUGUCGGCAGUCUCCGUUGGGCUGCAGCGGUUCGCCGAGCAGCCGAAGUACACCGAGGUGAACCCGGGCCAGGAUGCGCUGCUGGUGUGCAAGGUAAUCGACAAGCGUGGCGUCUGCUCCUGGCAGAAGGACAACAAACCGGUCGGCAUCUACCCGAAAAAGUAUGAAUGGGCCAGCCAGUACGGCAUCGGGCAGACCGCGCACGUCGGCGGCGACUGCUCGCUGUGGGUCAGGGCCGCCCAACUGGAGUUUGACGACGGGCUCUGGGAGUGCCAGGUGACGGCCAGCGACUUCACGACACAGGACGCACUGACCAGCCAGCCGGUGCGGUUAGUUGUGAGAGUGCCACCGCAGCGACCUAGAUUAGAGCACGAAGGCGUCCACGUUCCUCCCGGCCACAACGUGACAGUAGAUUCCGGUGCCGUAGCCACGGUGAAGUGUGUGUCACACUACGGAAAUCCACCGGCGCUGCUGAAGUGGUUCCUCGGUGACCAAGAAAUUUCUCCGAUUCAUCCACAAACAAACUCGACGGAACCAGACAAUCCGCGAACAUGGUCGGCCGCUUCCGUUGUGCAGAUUCCGGCCAACAAAGAUCGCCAUGGUGCCAUGCUCAAGUGCCUGGCGUUGCACGAAUCUUACGCCGCGCGCUCCGUGGCGGUUGAGGGACGUUUAGAUGUAAAAUAUGCUCCGACGGUAAGACUACUGGGGGCGCCACAGAUCGACCUGGAGGAGGGCAAAGACUCCCUGAUCCUACGAUGUGUGGCGGACGCCAAUCCUCCGGCCAGCAUCGUAUGGCGUCGGGCCGGCCGGUCCGAGAUUGCCAGCCUGCAGGAGUCUCUCCAGCUGCGUCCGGUCGGGCGACGCGAUGCAGGACUCUACACGUGCCAGGCCCAGAACUCGGUCGGCACCUCGGACACAAUGUCCGUGCAACUGGACGUAAAAUAUGCUCCCAAAAUACUGUCCGCCGGGCCGGACCGUCUCACCACUGCACCGCUGUUUAGUCCCGCUGCGUUCGAGUGUGUGGCCGAGGGAAACCCGGCACCGACUUACAAAUGGGUGCAAAGAAUCUCCUCGCAAGGGAAGCCCUUUCUGGACCGAGGGCGCGAGUCGCGGCUGGUGAUAGACAACGUCACGUACGACUACCAGGGCGAGUACGAGUGUCGGGCGACCAACUUCAUCAACGGCCAGGAACGGACGGCCACGUCCGAUCCGAUCGCGCUCCAGGUCGUCGGUGCCCCGCAGGUCCUGCGGACCACCUCGGCAUCGGGCGGGGCCAUCGGCCACUCGGUGUCGGUGAAGAAGGGUGACUCGGCCACCCUGUCGCUGAUCGUGUGUGCCGAUCCGCGGCCUCGCCACGUCGCCUGGGAGUGGGGCUCGCUGCGACUGGAAGCUGGCUCUGGGAUAGGACGCUAUCGAGUGGACGACGUGACGCAGGAUAGCCGCGAAGAUUGCUAUCUGGCGACGCUGCACAUCGAAGCGGCGGACCUGCAGGAUCAGCGGCCGUACUAUCUGGUGGUCGAAAACGAGCGGGGCACCGAUCGGCACGCCAUCAAUCUUCGCGUCGAAGGAAUGUUCUCAGUAGUGGAACCGCUGGAACUGAGCUAUCUGCUCGGCAUUGCCGGCGGGUGCCUGGCGGCCUUCCUCAUACUCAUCUGUCUCUGCAUCUACGUGGUCCGGGCGAGGAAGUGCUGCUUCAGAAAUCGCAACAACUACAAGACAUCGGAAAAGGAUAGCGAAAAGGCCGACCUGAAGUCACGCUCGGACAGCUUGAGCGGGCCACCGCUGGACUCGAUCUACACGACACCGACCGGGUUCCACCACCACCAGCACCACCCGCAUCAUCCGCACCACGCCGCGCAUCAUCACGCGCAGCAACCGAACGGGACGCCCGGGUCGCCGGAAGCAAUGAAGACGCCAAACAGUGAGACCGACGGCACGGUGAAGGACGGACAGUUGAGCGCGGCCGGUCUCGAACCGACGGCAUCUGACGCGGACCUGGUGCUGAGCACGCUACGCCACCAGCGCGAUCUGUUCAGCGGGCCGCUCGGUAUCCCGGACGUUACGACGCGGGUCGGUAGCGUGAUUCACGCGUUCGAGACGAUGGCCCGCCAGCGCCAGUCACUCGGAUCGCAGCGGGCCGACAAACCGUACGACUCCGCGGCGAUCGGUGCCGAUCGGUCGUCCCGGUACCGAUCGCACCGGUCGAACGUGAAGCGCGUCGGUGACACGGCCACCCGGCACAAGAUCAUUUUGCCCUCGCCGAAGGUCUCGCCCGCGCCCGAACUGCGGGCCGCGAACCCAAACCAUCACCAUUACCAGCCGCCUCAUCAUCAUCACCACCUUCCACCGGCAUCGUUUUCGUACACGGAUCCGCAAGGUUUCGGGCUCCGGACGCGUGGCCAUCUCGCGGGUGGUGCGUUGCAUAAUACACAUUUUAAUAACACAAACCAUUCCGAACACAACUCAGCGGGAGGCGAUCAUAACAAUCACGGCAGCCACACGGUGCCGCGGGUGUCCGCGAUUGCCGCGCCCGGCAACACCAACACCCUGGCGGUGGCCGGUGGCGGUGGACCGCCGUACCGGCCGCACAGCGAGCAUGAUUCCAACAAUUUCGAUUCGUUGAACCUGGACGAUGAUUACCGUAAAAGCUCUUUUGGCAAGCAGUCAAAAUUGGUCCACCAUCCGCCGCAGCAGCAGCAUGGGUUGGCCCGCAAUCAACACGAGCCACCGGGUGGUUCCGCGGGCACCCGAGGCACCCGGGGUCUCUGGGGUCUGUUCGGUGGUGCCGGCAGUGUCGCUCCGGACGCUGGUUACAGUAGCAGCAGAAACAAUCCGAAUGUGUUUUUCAACGCCACCUCGCCGUCCCCGGCGCCAGCGGUGGUGGCGGGCGGGACAUCGAUUCCUUCGGCGGCGGCGACUGGUUCGAUUGGUGGGGCGGCCACGAUGCGCUAUUACAACCACGAUAACAGCGCUAAUGGGGGCAAUCGACGCUCAGCCAUUCUACCGGUGGCCUGCGGGGAGUCGCUCGCACAGUACGGCGACGGGCGGGACCGUCGUUACGAUGCUGACGAUGACGGCCCGGACGGCGGUGCUAGUUUCGCCCACGACGGCGAUAACGAGGUCGACGAUAAUCACGUUAGUGGCGACAAAUUUCUGCGCGGCUCCACCGUCAGCCAGUCCUUCAUCAAGAACGUGCGGAUCAUAAGGAAGCGGUCCUCGUCGUACGACGUCAACAGUGCCGCUCCCGGUGGCCCCGAUGGCCCCGGUGGCCGCAGUAACAGCGCCAGCACCCAUCGGAAGGACACGGGCAAACGGAACGACGGGCCGGGGACGAACGGAACGGCGGCGAGCUCGGCGAACGGUUUCAAGCAGCGCGGCUCCCAGAUGAUGGCGGCGGCCGCGAAGCACUUCACCAAGCGCCACCGGGCACCGCAACCGUCGGCAUCGAUCGGCACUGUUGCUGACACUGAUGAAUUGACCGGCACGUUGCGCCCAGCCCCGACCGAAGACGGUACCGGUGAACCCGCGGCUGACGAUGUAUCCGGAGCGGCAGCAUCGGCGCAGCGUGCCUCCGGUGGCAGUGGCCGGCGGCGAUUAUUUCAACCCCGCACGAUGGACAGGGCGGAAAUCUGA